AACCUGCCUGACAUUAGCACAGAAUAAAAUGGCGUAGGUACUCUUACAAAGAUAUUUAAUCUUUCUCGUUUUGGUAAUCUGUGAUUCCACCACCAUGAGCGAUAGUCAAAACAACAAUACGGUUUAUUGUUCAUUCGUGAGUAUUCAUUACAUAAUCUGCGAAUGCGGCGAAACCUUUCCGAAUGAGGAAGAUUUAAAAUCGCAUUUGGAGUCGGAGCACCCUCACAAGAUCGAAAAAAAGGAAUUUUCUUGCGGCUUGUGUGACGAAGCAUUCGCAUCAGAAGAAGCGUUCAUCAGCCACCAUAAAGCAAACCACACGGUGAAGAUAGUCAAGCCACCGUCACCUCCGCCGGUCAAAUACGUCAUACAACCCAUAAAGCAAGAGGAAGAGGAUAGUUAUGAUGUUUACCAGUCAGAAUCACCGUGCAUUAACAGUGUCCAACAGGAUUUUGAUGUUGAUAAGAGUAUGAUAGUGACGAGCGGCAAGCACCCUGGCGUAAGGAAGAAGUACGCAAAGAAGAAUAUAAAGAAUAAAGUAUGUGAAGUCUGCGGCAAGAAAUAUGCUUCAAAUGCAGCGUUGAGGUAUCACCAGCGAGUGCACACAGGGGAGAGACCGUACCAGUGCAGCUUCUGUGACAAAGCGUUCACUAUGCCGCUCUUCUUGCAGAUUCACCACCGCAUCCACACAGGCGAGAAGCCAUACCAGUGUCCUCACUGUCCCAAAGCGUUCGGUAACAAGGCCGCACUGUUGAGGCACGACAGGGUGCACACAGGUGUAAAGCCAUACACCUGCCCACAAUGCUACAAGACAUUCACACAAUCCAACUCGAUGAAGCUCCACGUUCACACGGUGCACCUGAGGUUGCCCGCUCCGUACAAGUCCAAACGGAGGAAAGAAAGGAUGGCCAGGCCGGAGACUGAUAUUGUGAUGAGAGACCCGGAGGAUGAAGUAAAGGAGGAAUGGUGCCCCGAAAGCGAUCCAGCUCCCAGAGGCCCCAACAGGAUAGCGGUGCCCCGGAGCCCUAUCAAGAUCUCCCUACCCAAAGGGGCCGCCAGACUCGUGUUGCCCAGAGACAAGAUUCUCGUGAAUUAUGAUCUAGUCAAUACAUUAGUAGAGUCGGGUGAAGUGAAACGUUGGACUCCAGAAGAACAGAUCUCUAUUAGUGCUGAAGAGUUAGCAGAUAUAUGCGUGAAGGAAGAAGCGUACAGUGAAGAUGUUGGGGUUUUUUACGACGAGGGCGGCAAAGGGGUGUUAUACGAAGUGGUGUACCAGCAGGAGUAGAUGACCAGACGGUGGCGUAGCGUGAGCUAUAGUCGCCCGGGGCAGAAACAUUAUUUGACGCCCUUUGAUCACAGGCACUUUACAUAAUAUAUAAAAUUCCCAUGGCCAGUUUCCCCAUGGUAGCAAACGUUCACGAGUUGACGUGGUGAAGUGGUCAUGAUAUCUAGAAUGGUGAUAUCUAGAACUCGCGCGGGACGCACUGACUAUAUGCGAAAUAGCUAAUAUUCCUUAUAUAUUUAGAUAAGAAUUGAGCUAAUUUAUUGAAAAAAAUUGCUGACACGGAUCAUAUAUAGAGAAGGAACCGGUGUCUCAACAGCGUAGCAUACAAUGAAAGCUACAGAUGUAGCGUAAACAGCGAUGAUUCCUCACUCGUCUUACUUAACACCACUUAUGUUGAAGAAACGGUAAAGUUUUUGCUGUUACGCGUGAAGGAUACAAAAUGGCGCCCGGGGCAUGAAGCCCUCUUGAUACGCCAUUGUAACAUGUGAAAGAAUAUAUUUUAGCAGUGAUCGACGAAAGUCGGAUGCCUUUAGGUCACUUAUCAAAUGAAAUGGUUUACCAACAAGAUUGUAUAUAAGAGGCAGAAUGUAAAAACUUAUUAUUUAUUUGAGAAAUAAAAAUACUAUCUUUAUUAA